AUGACGCAACUACCAGCAAACGGAGGCUACGUACGCUCGAUCAGAGAGGAUGCCAUUAAGCACUUUCUCCUUUCACCUGCAUUCACCCAGACGUUCGACCGCCUGCGCACUGCACACGGGUACACCAUGCCACUCAACUUCCCUUCAGCCCUCGUGGAGCUCAAUCUGAUCUCCAUCCUUUCACUAUUGAAUUUCGGCUCAGGGUAUCGAGUGCCCUUGCAUACCGCAACGGGUCGCGGCGCAUUCGACAACAUCCGAGCAUUCGUCUUCGGGCUGUAUAUCUCCUCUGCCACUGGCACGGGCGAAGGCGACUACCUGUCCGCGAAAGGAAUGCGAGACAUCAGGGAACAUACCGUCGCGGACCUCAUGGGAGUAGCGGAGUCAGUGCACGUUGAGCGUGCACAUGAGAGCAUCCCCGCUGUUACCGUCGGAGAACUGGGAGGUCCAGUGUGGGAGCUGGUCCAGCUGGUCACAGAAACCAUGAACGAGACUGGCAGCGUGCUGGUUGAUACUGGGUACCCUGAUCUCGGCAGCUUUGUGCUUGAAGCACUUAAAGAAGGCGAACGAGCGAAGCAUGCCUCUUCCGGCGACGAUCCCAACAUUGAUUGCGAUGUCGUUCUUGAGCGGCUUGUUCGGGUCAUCCCUGCAUUUCGAGAUAUGGCUACCGUAAACAAACACCCCAUAUAUUGCUUCAAGAAAGCCCUCUUGACAAUCCAUGCGAUUGCACUACGCUUCGGUCCUCCCGAGUCUUCAUCUUCGAUCCCGGUGCCUCGUACAGCCGAUCUUCCCAUCUUCGUCGACAACGUCAUACCAUCGCUACUCGUCCAUUUAGGCGUCAUCGACCUAUCCACCUCUGAGCCCUUGCUAGGCCUGUCCACUAUAUUCCCGGAUGCCGGGAAAGCGGAGCAGCUGGAAUCACUGCUAUCAGCUGCGGCACCUCCUUCCGAACCAGAUACCAAAGCGCCCCAAAGCAAGGAAGUGCCGAAAGAGGGCCCGAUCCUGUCUGUGCAACAAGCAUACAUCCUGCGCGCUGCAGCGAUCGACGCAUGCGAGCUCAUUGUGCACACCGCUCACGAAAUGGCCACGAGUGGAGGCGAAGAGCUGGCAUGGCUAAAGGAUAUCACGGCUCCGGAGCUGGAUGCGUGGCUUUGGGCAGUGGCCAAGGAUCGGGAGGACUACAGAAAGCUCGAGCGGUUCGUGCUGCGGAACACGCCAUAUUUUUGA